GUCACAAUGGCCAGUAAUCCGGUGAGAUGACCAUUCUGCCUGCUGCCUGCCUCCUUGGCUCCUCUUCAACCAUCGUAUUUUUCUUCUAUCCAUGACCUUCAACCUACCUUCAUGACCAUGCAAUGCAUUUGACACCAUAACGCAGCUUCCUCCCCCAACCCUACUUUCAAGGACAUGAUGCUACCAGGCAAGGAGUGCAAGCUCCCCCUCGAGGCCGCCGUCUUCACAGCCCACGCCGCCCUCCGCGCCCAGGACUUUGGCGUCCACCGCGUCGAGCUCAACGCGCCCGGCUCCUAUCCCCACGGCGGCCUCACACCUCCCGUGAGCCAGUACCUCGCCUGCAAGGACGCCCGGAUCGAGGUGCCCGUGCGCAUCAUGAUCCGCCCUCGGGCCGCCCCCGCCGACGGCGGCAUGGAUUUCUUCUACGCGCCCCACGAGGUCGAGCAGAUGGAGCGCAGCAUCGCCGCGUUCAAGGCCGCCGGUCGCAUGGACCCUUAUCGGGGGGACGGCUUCGUCUUUGGCGCCCUGCGACACGCCGGCCCCGACGACACGGCCCUCGACCCCGCUGCCCGCGUCGCCGUCGACAUCGACGUCUGCACCCGUCUCGUCCAGGCCGCCCGGCCCUACGGCUGCUGCUUCCACAGGGCUUUUGACCCCAUCGCCGACUACGAUGACGAGCUGACCCUCAAGGGCAUCAAGGACGUCGCCGCGUGUGGCUUUAAGUGCAUCCUCACCGCCGGCGGCACCUCGGGCCCCUACACCAGCCACCUCCAGAAGCUUGACUACAUGGCCACCAAGAUCACCCAGCGGAGCGAGCUGGGUGACAUUCAGCUCGUCGUCGGUGGCGGCCUGCGCGGCUCCAACGUGGCCGACGCCGUGCAGAAGCUCGGCAUGCACAUCAACGGCCGCGUCUGGACGCACUCGGCCGCCGUCACCGAGCGCCGCGUUAGCGACGACCAUUUUGACGAGAUUGAGCUCAUGGACAUUGUGUCUACGCUCUCCCAGGCGGCCGUGCAUUAGAAGGAUCCGGCCGAGCACUGGCGUAGAGUAUACGGGCCGCGCAAGCACGAGUAUGGGGAUACGCGGGAGUGGCUCGAUGAGUACCACUCGUACGGGACCCGUCUGAAUGAUCUAGGAUGGAAGCCGCGCAAAUAAGGUGUAGCCGUAUAUCUGGGCACAAUCUCCCCUCUACGUACUUUGCAUCGUUGCACAUAGUCUUGGCAGUGCACUUGUUUACGGCAUAAUGCGCAUUACACUGGCAAA